AUGUUUAGUGAAUAUAUCGAGAAAGGUAUCGAUAUUCUGAAGGGUACUAUGAAUAUUGGAGAUCUAAAAAAACAUGUUUUAUGUGAUGAUUGUAGAAAACCUACAGCUUCUGCUUGUGGAUGUUGCAAAAAAUAUUCUAAAGGAUAUUAUGUCAUGCAAUUUUAUGCUCAACAACUUCAGAUGUUUGAAGACCACUUAUGA